AUGCCGGGUGUUCGAAACCUCCUCCUCGCCCUCGCCGGCGCCUCGCUGGUCCCCGCCGUCUUCGCCGCUGACGACGCCGCCUCGGACGUCCACGCCCUCAAGACGGACACCUUCAAGGACUUCAUCAAGGAACACGAGCUCGUCCUCGCCGAGUUCUACGCUCCAUGGUGCGGCCACUGCAAGGCCCUCGCCCCGGAGUACGAGAUCGCUGCCACCGAGCUCAAGGACAAGAAGAUCCCCCUCGUCAAGGUAGACUGCACCGAGGAGGCAGACCUCUGCCAGGAGUACGGCGUCGAGGGAUACCCUACCCUCAAGGUCUUCCGUGGCCUCGAUACCGUCAAGCCAUACAAUGGUGCUCGCAAGGCCCCAGCCCUCACUUCAUACAUGAUCAAGCAGAGCCUCCCAUCUGUCUCUGUGGUCACCCCCGAUAACUUCGAGGAGGUCAAGGCCCUCGACAAGGUCGUCAUCGUCGGCUUCAUCGGCGAGAAUGACAAGGCCUCCAACGAGACCUUCACCGCGCUCGCUGACUCCAUGAGAGACGACUUCCUCUUCGCCGGCACCAGCAGCGCUGAGCUGGCCAAGGCCGAGGGCGUCACCAUCCCCGGUGUUGUCCUCUACAAGGAAUUCGAUGACCGCAAGGAUGUCUACGACGGCAAGAUCGAGGCCGACGCUCUCAAGGCUUUCGUCAAGACCGCCAGCAUCCCGCUCGUCGGUGCCGUUGGCCCAGAGACCUACUCUGACUACAUGUCGGCUGGCAUUCCCCUCGCAUACAUCUUCGCAGACACCACCGAGGAGCGUGAGAAGUUCUCCACCGAAUUCAAGGACCUCGCCAAAAAGCUAAAGGGCAAGAUCAACUUCGCUACCAUCGACUCCAAGGCUUUCGGUGCCCAUGCCGCAAACCUCAACCUUAUCCCAGAGAAGUUCCCAGCCUUCGCCAUCCAGGACACCGUCGGCAACAAGAAGUACCCAUACGACCAGGAGAAGAAGAUCACCCAAGAUGAGAUCACCAAGUUCGUCGAGGGCGUCAUCUCCGGCGAGAUCGAGCCCAGCAUCAAGUCUGAGCCUAUCCCAGAAUCCAACGACGGCCCAGUUGCCACCAUCGUCGCCCACACCUACAAGCAGAUCGUCAUCGACAACGAGAAGGACGUCCUCGUUGAGUUCUACGCCCCAUGGUGCGGACACUGCAAGGCUCUCGCCCCCAAGUACGAGCAGCUCGGUGCCCUCUACAAGGACAACAAGGACUUCGACUCCAAGGUGACCAUCGCCAAGGUCGAUGCCACCGCCAACGACAUCCCAGACGAGAUCCAGGGCUUCCCUACCAUCAAGCUCUUCGCCGCCGGCGCCAAGGACAAGCCAAUUGAGUACACUGGCUCCCGCAGCAUCGAGGACCUCGCCAACUUCGUCCGUGACAACGGCAAGUUCAAGGUCGACGCCUACGACGAGAAGAAGAUCAAGGAAGAGGGUGAUGUCACCAACAAGGUCAAGGUUGACGCCGCUUCCGAGACCCCUGCUGAAUCCAGCACCGAGACCGCCAAGGCCUCCGAGGAGACCGCUGAGGCCUCUGGUCACGAAGAAUUGUGA